AACAAGAACACUUGGGGAGGGCAGACAUGACUGUUUUUAAACCAAAUAGUCUGUAUGUUUUGCCAUUUUGAGUAGUUUUUGUGGGAAGCUUUACUGGAGUCAAGUUUCACUGGAACAGAGUGGACUCAUCUGGCUGUAUUUUUAUUUUGUAUUUUUUAUUUUUAGCUUUUAUAUAUAUGUGUGUGUGUUUUAUUUUCCUGGAGGAACACUGCAGAUCCUGAAAGUGAUUGUGUAGCUCAAACAUCUCAGAUAAAGGCUGCUGUCACUCAUCAGACUGCUGCAGAAAUGGAUGAAGAGACUCCACUGCUACACAGAAGACCAGCAUCAUCUGAAUCCACGAUUAAAAACUCCAAACUGUUCCUGGCCGUGUUCUCAGCAGUCCUGGGGAACUUCAACUUUGGCUACUCCUUGGUCUACUCAUCUCCUGUCCUGUCGGUGUUCAAGAGCCCCGAUGCCGACCCCCGGCUCAGGAUGGGCACGGAGCAGGCCGCUUGGUUCGGCUCCAUCUACUCACUGGGUGCAGCGGCUGGCGGGCUGGGGGCCAUGCUGCUCAACGACAUGGUCGGACGAAAGAUGAGCAUCAUGAUGUCGGCAGUGCCCUCCACUGUUGGGUACAUGCUGAUGGGAGGAGCUGUGGACUUGUGGAUGCUCCACCUGGGACGUUUCUUAACUGGAGUUGCUGGCGGAAUGACUGCGGCGUCCAUUCCAGUUUACAUCUCAGAGAUCUCCCACAAAGGAGUGAGAGGAGCUCUUGGCUCCUGCCCUCAGAUCACAGCAGUGUUUGGGGCACUGGCACUCUAUGCACUCGCUCUGGUGGUACCUUGGCGGUGGCUGGCGGUGGCUGGAGAGGUGCCGGCUCUGCUCAUGGUUGUGCUGCUGGUGUUCAUGCCCUCCUCCCCCAGGAGGCUCCUUUCUCUGGGCCGACCACAGAAGGCCAAGGAGGCCCUCCGCUGGCUGAGGGGGGAUCAGUACAACACAGACAUCGAACUCAGUGCCAUACAGCACAGCAUCAACACACAGACUAGACUCACGUUGUCCCAGCUGGCCACACCCAACUACUACCGACCAAUUGCUAUCUCAGUGGUGAUGCGAUUCCUGCAGCAAAUGACGGGUAUUACACCCAUUCUGGUCUACCUAGAACCCAUCUUUGCAAAGAGCAAAGUCUCCCUGGAGCCCAGGUUUGACGCCGCCAUUGUGGGCGGAGUCCGCCUCUUGUCUGUUGUCGUGGCAGCCAGUUUGAUGGACAAGGCGGGACGCAAAGCCCUGCUGUACACGUCGAGCAUGCUGAUGUUUGUGGCCUCUCUGACGCUGACCAUGAACUCCCACACCACACCUUGCCCUCCAGGUCCAGCUCCUCCAAACCUCACCACUCUGAGCUAUGACCUCCACAAUGACAUCGGCAGCGCAUUGGAGAGCAGUCCCCAGUCUGCAGCAGCCCUCGUCCCUCUCAUCAGUACUAUCAUCUUUAUAUUUGGAUACGCCAUGGGAUGGGGCCCGAUUACAUGGCUGCUGAUGUCAGAGGUUCUGCCACUGGUUGCCAGGGGUGUGGCCUCAGGCCUGUGUGUCGCCGUCAGCUGGCUGACGGCCUUCAUGCUCACACACGCCUUCACACACCUGGUGGACAGGUAUGGCCUGUUCGCGCCCUACCUUCUGUUCACCGUGGUGUGCAUCCUCUGCUUGCUGUUCAACGCCGUGUGCAUCCCGGAGACUCGCGGCCGCUCGCUGGAGGAGAUAGAGGAGUAUUUCAGGACAGGACGCUCCUUCACCAUCAACCGCAGCAAUUCCACUGCACAACCCAGCUGAAGCUCAUAGAUCGAAAAAGUCGUUUGCAUGAUGUAGCUCUGCAGCCCCCUGAAAAGUGAUUUUUGAGUUUAAUGCGUAACAAUCAAUAUAAAGGGCCCAAGACUGAGUGUUGUGUGUAAAGCCCUCUGAGAAAUGACUUCUAGAAUAAUUACUGAGUACAGAUGGAGCGCUAUAAAUCACAAACUCUUCACAGACAGAAAACAAUUACUACUAGGUCAAGGAACAGGUUUCUGUUUAACAAUUCCAAGUGCUUUGUAGGUGACUGACAGUUUUAACAGCAAUAUUUUAUUAUAUUAGGACUUCAUUUUGUUAUAUUACAGUAAAAAUAGCAUGUAUACCUAAACACAUGUGUGUGUUUUUCCCCAUUUUUCCCAUAUAUUACACACCUUACAGCACAGUUUGGCUCACUGAUGUGUACACAGUGUCCAAACAAAGGAACAACACGUAAGCCUCAAAGUAUGAUAGACUGAGGUGAAACUAGUGCAACAAUGGUUCAGACUGAACAAACAUUGUCUAUUGUGGAAGCACAACAAUGCUGUUUGAAUGCAACAGUCAUGCAUUUAUCCGUCUGUUUUACAGCAUACACCAUCAUUUACAGUAGUAUAUCCUUGUGCUCUCGCCUUAUCAUCUACUUGAUGAUUUUUGCUAUUUAGAUUUUUAUUGUUUUUAUCCAAAGUAUACAACAUUAUGUGGUUUCAUAUUGUGAGACAUUUGCAUACUUGUAACCUCAGUGGCAUGAGGAAUAAAAACAAGAGGGAGAAAGUGAAUAAAAUCAAUUGCGUGGUGAGGCACAUGAUAUGAAUAAAAUGACUGGCAAGAACAUCCAUGAUAAUAUUAUUACUAUCAAAAGACAGCAUUAUUACAUACACACUGGUGUGUUACUCAUGUUUCUGUUCAUUCUUCUUAAUCAUUCAUGAAUUUUAUCAUGUUGGCCAUCCUUUCAAUUCUAGACAUCAGGGUGUUUUCACAUGUUUAAAUACUGUCCUAGCAGGCACUGGGAUGCCUUUAAUGAAAAAUCGCCUCUUGAUAUAUUGUGCACUUUAUUCAGUGUAAAUAAACACAAUGUGCUAUAUAUGCUCUGGUCACACAAGCAGCUUAAAAGUGAAUUUUUUAUCAAAUUGUAUCUAAAACUUGAUGCUCAAUUUAUGUUUACUGUGUGUUUUUAUCAUUAAAUACUAACAUUUUUAAUGAGAUGA